UUCAAUCGAACCAACUAAGUUACUAUUUAACCGAACUAGAGUUAAUCAUCUGGUUUGGUUGCUUUGCUUUAACUAGGUGCUCGCUUGAGGCACCGGGUGCCUAAACCACCUAGGUGGCGCUUCACUAAAGCGCGUUGCCUGGCUAUCGUGCGAGGCGCUCGAGCCUCGCCUCGCUUCACCCGAGUGCUUAGGCGAGCACCCUGGUGCCUUUUUAAAUCACUGUUUUGAACUUCAAAUUUGUUAGCAUAAUAAUCUAUUAAUCUGAUAGUUCAUGUUCAGCUGCAGAAAAGACGGUUAAUUACACAUGAUUGUCUCUUUAGAGUUUGGCACCCUUGUCAUAUCUGUACUGACAUUGCUAUAAUGGCUGCAAGUUACUUCCAGUGUGUUUUUGUGCCUAGUGUUGAAUUUCUCAGGAGCGAACCAUGUUAUAUUGGGUUAUUAGAUGCUAUAUUGGCUCUUCUUUGUUUUGCCUUUUUCUUUUUGCUGAUAACAAGCUUGCAGAAAUGUGCAACCAUAUUUGUUCAUCAGGGUGCUCUUCUUAUGCUGGUUCUAGUUCCUAGCAUCAGUGUGGAUAUAAUUGAUUGUAUGUUUAUGGCAUCAUGACUUCAUGGGAAUUAAUCUGAGCUGAUCCCUAUCCAUUAUAGUAAAACAGUAGAGAAAUAUUAUUAUAAUCCGAUUUGACCAACUGCUUUGAUUACAGUAUAAGUUUGUUGCUUAUUUCUUAGUAAACUGCAUUGCGCAUGUUGUCUGAUGAUCCUUCCUAGCGUCAUAGUUUUUUAGAGGGGACUAAGAAUUUUCAAGUUAAGUGACAUAUCAGUGGCCCAACUUUUUUUUUUCAGGAGUUCCAUAUGGUCACACUACUGCUAUGCCAUCCAAAGAAUGUUACAUGGCAAAAGGCUUAACGUUCCGUCACAUGUUAUACCCAUCCUACAAAGGCAACCGCAAUCCUACACCCGAUACAGUUGUUCACGGUCUUCAGUAUUUUAAAGCAUCCAUAAAGGCCAUGUCGAUCAAAGUGGUUGAGGUUCCUGGUGUUGAAGCUGAUGAUGUAGUUGGGACUUUGGCUGUAAACAGUGUUUCUACAGGAUAUAAGGUGCGAGUUGUAUCUCCAGAUAAAGAUUUUUUUCAAAUAAUUUCGCCCUCUUUACGUCUCCUACGAAUUGCUUCUCGUGGACCAGGGAUGGUAUCCUUUGGAUUGGAAGACUUUGCUAAAAGAUAUGGUGCACUAAAACCUUUCCAGUUUGUUGAUGUUGUUGCUCUUGCUGGUGACAAGUCUGACAAUAUUCCAGGAGUUGAAGGCAUUGGAGAUGUGAAUGCUUUGAAAUUGAUUACUAAGUUUGGUUCAUUGGAGAAUUUGUUACUGUGUGUUGAUCAAGUUGAUGAUGAGCGUAUUAGAAAGGCCUUAAUUGCAUGUGCUGAUCAGGCUGUUCUUUGCAAGAACUUGGCAACGUUACGCUCUGAUCUUCCGUCUUACAUGGUUCCAUUUAAGACACCUGACCUAGUGUUUCAGAAACCACAGGACAAUGGCGACAAGUUCAUCACCCUCUUGAGAGCCCUCGGAGCAUAUGCAGAAGGCUUCUCGCCAGAUCCAAUAAUCAGAAGAGCAGCUUACUUGUGGAACAAACUUAAGACGUGAUGAUUUCUUGUUGAUCUGUUUACUCCCCCUCAAUUUAGGUGAUAACAAAACAACAACAAAAAAAAGGCAUUAAAGAGCUGGAGGACAGUGGUGGCGGGUAAACUCCCGCAGUGAAUCAAUGCGCAGAAGUGCAGAAACUUGGGUGAUAUGUUGCUGUCCAGUGUAUCACCAAUCAUAUCAAGCUGUUCUUGCGCUCUGACUUGUACCCUAUUCUCACAGAUCCAAAUCUCGUUGUCUCGACAACGUGCGUGAAGUUUUGUUUUGGUCCCCAAGUGGCCGAGGCAGUGGGUAUCCACUGUCGUCAUUUCUGGGUUCGUGAGAGACAUCGAGGUACAAAUAUAUCUUUUCGAUGAUUCUGGCCUUUGCUGCCACUCUCAGCUCUGACUGAAUACAGUCUCGUUUGUAUAUGAAAGAUCAAUCUGGUUUGUUCAUCUUAAUCUUAAAUGCUUUUACAUGCA